CUUUCUCCUUCCUCCUGGUUCCUGGCUGUGUCAAGAGGCGGCUGCCGCCACCACCAUCGUGGAGAGCAGAAAGCUGCCUCCGAACGUUGGGGUGGCUUCGAACCGGCUCCUCGAGGCGCGAGCGGUAACCGUUGGACGGUACCAACUGCCUUCUGCCGAGGAGAGACGCCCCGCCAGGCGGUACCGAUUGACACAACCCCGCACCUGUUGGUUCUUUCUUUCAGCCGCCUCCCCGCACCCACUCGGGGUUCCGGCGGCUCCCCCUCAGCGCGUGAGGCAGAGAAACGCCCGCUCGCCCCGCCGCAGCCGGCUCGAACCGGAGCAGGCGCCGUAGCCGCCGCCAUGGCCGAGACCGAGGAGAGGAGCCUAGACGACUUCUUCGCCAAGAGGGACAAGAAGAAGCGGCGGGAGAAAGGGAGCCGGGGAGCCGCCGCCGCAUCCGCGGCCUCCUCUGUCUCCUCCGCCUCCAGCGUGCCGGGGGGAUCCCGGCCGGCCGAGGGGGGCUCCGGGGCCGCCGGGGCCGCCGCCAGCACCGUCUCCUCCGCCAGGGCGAUGGUUAAGGAAGAGGAUGAAUGGAAGGAAUUCGAGCAAAAAGAAGAGAUUGACUACAGUGGGCUCAGAGUUCAUUCCAUGCAAAUAAGUGAAAAAGAAGAUGAUGAAGGUGAAAAGAGAGAAGAACCAGGUGACAACUGGGAGGAGGCUGGUGGUGGUUUAGAGAGAGCAUCUGGUCCUUGGAACAAGACAGCUCCUGUGCAAGCACCUGUUGCUGAAACUAUUGUUACAGAAACCCCGGAACCAGUGCAAUCUAGUGGUGUAUACCGACCGCCUGGUGCUAGGGAGACCAGGACACGGAAAGCACCACAAGGACCACCAGAGAUCUAUAGUGAUACACAGUUUCCAUCAUUGCAAUCCACUGCCAAGCAUGUAGAUAGCCGAAAGGAUAAAGAAAUGGAGAAGAGCUUUGAAGUAGUAAAACACAAAAAUAGAGGUAGGGAUGAGGUCUCAAAAAACCAGGCACUUAAACUUCAGCUAGACAACCAAUAUGCUGUGCUUGGGAAUCAGUAGAGCUGCAUACACAUUACAAUUAAGGAAUGCUUUUUUGGUAACCCUCCUAAGGUAACUAAACUACAGCUAACGACUAUGAUGAACAUGCCAUCUUAUUUCUGCUGGAUCUGCUGCGGCAAGUGCAGACUACUUUGACAUAAGUGAUUGCUCUCGCACUAUGGAAGCAUAAUGUGUUGCAACUUUCUUCUCCAUUGGAUUUGGGGGAAAUUAAUGUAAAUGGUUGAACAAGAUUCAUCAGUGUUCUUUAAUUACUCUGAAAAAGUAUCUACAGUCAGUGGUCAUUUCAAAAUCUUUUUAUGUUCAGAUACUGAGCCUUCGUAAGGGUUGACUACCUCAGACUUGCUGCACUCAUUGUGGACACCAUGUGGAUCACAACUUCUGGAAAAGAAGGUUACAGCUGUUUUAGUGGCCAUCUGAAACCAGCUUCUCUACUGGGUACCUGUCAGAAAUCCUGAAGAAGUCAGCCAUUUGGUUCUGAUUUGCUAUAAAUAACAAAGAUUUAAGUGACCUUAAUGAGAAACCUGUCUGGUGUCCCAUCCUGAGGAAUCCUUUCAUGUGUACCAUAGCCUACUAGAGACUUUUUGGAGCAUACCACUUUCAAAAACUAUCAAAGUAUAGUACAGAGCUGUAGUUUGUUUACCUAUUUAGAUAGAGCUGUACUGAGGUAACCGCAAAACAAAACUCAUUCCAAUACAAAAUUGGAGGGUGUGUGGGGUGGGGAUUGAUUGGGCUGUUUGCAUUAGCCAUUUUCACAGUUGUGUUUAAGCGUUCUACAAAAUAUGCCUUCUCUGUUUCUAGUAUAAAAUUGCAGUAUACUCAAGUAAAAAUGUGUUAAUAGUGAUGAGUUUAUCUUGGUUUUCAUAAUUGGGUUGCUUCUCUUUCUCUGAGGCACUAGGACUUCAGUAGGCUUUGAUUUGGCACACAGCAGAAGCCUGUGCUCCCAUUCUAGUCUUCAGAACAUAGUUUCAAAAAAUACAUGCAGUAUACAGGGCAGUAAUAAUAUUAACCUCAAGAUAAGUUUUUCUCUUGUGGCAAAAGUAACAGCUGUCUCCAACCAAUCCUGUCUUAUAUGGGUAAGCUGAUAUAAGACUCUGAAGGAAGGAUAACCUCAAACCUGAUGAGUUUUCAUUUUAUGGCUGCUUCUGAUCACCUUGUGAGCUUGCAAACUGUUCCAGACAGAAAUCCUCACUUUAAAUGGCAUUUUCUCAACUGCAGGAAGCCUAGUGACAAUGGAAGGAGUGACGGCUUUGUUCAAUUUUUGGCCAGCUCUAUUGACUUAAUUUAGUGGAGAUAAAUAAAAUGUAUUUGUAUGCUAGAGGUAUAGGAUAAAUAAUACCCAGUUGCUUCUAUACAAUGAAGAGAAUCUGACAACCACCCAAACUCUCCCGGGGCAUACCAUCUGUCUUUCCCCUUGCUUCAUUUAGUUUAGUUUUGUUUUUAGUAUGUUAAGUGAGUGAGCACCUCUUUCCAAAUCUAGGUUUCUCCCUGUAAAUGUGAAUGCCAAAAGGAGGGGCUGCAGACUUAUUCCCUUGUCCACUUCAUACUUGCCAAUAACAAAACAAUCUUUCUGAUGUGGCAGUACUUCACCUAUAGUAGACCAGGCUUGGUGGCUCACGCAGACAUUACAUGGUUAGUUUUGUUUGAUUUAAUUGCUGAUGCUUUAAAGUCUGAUUCCUUUGAAGUCGGUAAGAAUCUUGCUGUUGACUUCAGUGGGAUCAGGGCUUUCCCCUGAUUCUCACAAUAUGCUUGGAAUAGAACUGGCCUUAAAGCCCUUGCAGAGUUAACUUUGUCAGUAAAAUUUCCAAACUAGCAGCUGUGAACAGAUAGACUGAUCAAAAGACAAAUUUAAAAACCUGAAGAUUCAUUUUGAGAAUCAGAACCACUGAAAGUAGACUUACAUUGAUACCGUUGGACUCUGAGCCAUGUAUCUUCCCUGAAAGAAUAUCUCUGCCAACAAAACAUAUAUUGGUUUAUGUCACUAAAAGUUUAAGAUUGUCCUAUUUGCGGUAAAGGGAGGUGUCACUCUGUGACAUGGUAGAAACCUGAAAUACUAAAUCCCAACUUUGUUCUCACAUUUAAAGGAUAUUGGAGUUGUUAAUACACAUGAAUCAAGUUUUUAAUAUACUGUAUGAUGGGUAGAUGAGGCUGUCCAUUGUACCUUUAUUUGAAUUCUCAGGCAUGGUUUUGGCAGUGCAAGAAAACCUGUAACAUUAAUAAAUCUAAUAAAGUGGAAAUAUACAUGGAUCCUGGAGUCAAAUGUAUCUUUACCUGUAGUCCUAGACUAUACCAUGCAGCAUUUAAAUAAAUGGAGGAUAACUGGAUAGCUUUGGGACAGAUAAUGGAGGUAUGCAGUCGUUAAGUUCAAAUCCGAGAUUAGAAGAGCCAAAGUUAACAGCUCAUGGCAAUGUUUGGUACUACAUAGCCUUCAUAUAGUGUGGUAGCUAGACUGAGGCCUCUGGAUAGUAUCUAAUUCAAAUCACCAUCUGUUUUUAGCCCAAGGUGGCAUUCUCAGUAGUGUCCAUAGACUGAAAGGACAGAAAUUAAAAAUUAUGCAUGAGCUUUGAAGCCUUAUUUUAAAAUGAAGAAAACUCUCACCUUUACAGCAGAAGUACAGUGAAAAUAUCAGUCAGUGGUAUCUAGUUCAAUGCAAUUUUAAGUGACUACUUGUUUAAACACUCCUGUGGCUAACAUGCAGACUUAUGAUGUAAAAGAGUAUAUACCUCAAUGCAUGUCUUAUGCAGAAGAGAGAUGACACAUAAUUACAAAGCCGCUAGUAUAACAGUGCAUCCAAUUACACUAAAACUGGUGCACAAGGGAAUAUUUUGGAUUUAAAUUUUUGAUGGCAGACUAACUUUUAAGGUUAAUGAUAAAAUCACGAAAAAUUUUGGAGUGUGGGGAGGGAAAAUGUGCUUAUACUAUCUCCUUGGGCUUUCUCCAAAAUGGGAUUUCCAGAACCUCAGCUACAGGAAUAUUGGCAUCUAUGCUAAUUAAUUACAUCAGAGAGGUAGAACAGAGUUGCUGUUUAACUCAACUCUGUUACUCUAGACUGGUCUUGCUUAGUCUCAAUCCAAAAGUAAUGAGGAAGCAACAGCUACAUAGUUGCCAUGUAUGGUAUUUGAUUUCCACUAGUUUAAACUAUUUUUUGUAGCUGGCUUUAUCAAACUUGUCAAGGAUAAGUGUCCUUAUAAUUUUUUUAAAAAUCUAUUUUUAAAUCAUUCAUUUAAGUCUUCACUAGGGUUCUCUGACUUCAUGGGUGCUCAUUUCAUAUCUGAAUGCAUGGCCUUUUGUUCGUGGAAGCUACUACACUUCCAUAUGCUGAAAUUUUUAACCCAUCUGAUUUCCUUGGUCUGCUCUGAAUUUGACAGCAACAAAGAAGGCAAGACUCCUGGAGGGGAGUUUACUUACUCUUGCUAUGAAAGUCAGCAUCUCGUAGACACACAGAGGAAUUCUAUAGUUAUGACUCUUUGCCUAAGUGCCAAAACUCGAUAGCAGCUAAAUCUUUCCUUGACUUAACACAAUUUCAGGUAACAUAAAUAUGCUGCUAAUUACACUCUCAAUAGCUACAUCCCUUUACCUCCUCAGUAGUGUGAGCUAUUCAAAGAAAUGUACUUCAGAAAAUACACCUCUCUGCUUGAUAUGUAUGAUAAUCCUGCUGAAACAAAUACUUUUAAAACCAGGUGUCUUUGGCCUUUUUUUGUUUUGUUUUUGUUCUGAGCACAAAAGAAGCAUCUUCAUUCUCUUGUGACCUGUAUUGUAAGUCUAGCUAACUGCAGGAUGCUCAGUCUCAGUUUUUCCUAAAUAGACUUCUAAGGUAAGACUAGGUAUGGGCAUUUUCAUUCUAAACUCUGUGUGUGUGGGGCGGGGGGGGGGGGUUCUGAAUCGGAGUUUAAAUGAGAUGGUGGUAGAAAACAUGCUGGUAAAAUUUCAGUAAUCUAAAACAGCUGUGUCUGGCACAAUACUCACUUGAUAGUAAAAACUGAAAAACAUUUUGUUCUCUGUAGAGUUGAGUAAAAACUUUCAAGGAAAAUUUAAGUAGAAGUUAAAAAUCAAGGAUCCAAGUUUAGAAGGGGAGGUGUUAGUUUGGGUCAGCUUUAGGUAGGGAGAGAAGGAUAUUCAGUUUAUAGCAGAUAUCAGAAUAGAGCACAAGACACCACUCUGAUACAAAUUAUAUAUAAUUUGUAUCUCCAGUGUUAGUUUGGAUAGAAAAGAGGUACUGCUUAUUAAGGAAGUAACUUUGCUUCUCAAGCACUGUUUAAGGUAGCUGUUGUGUGUUUGGUUUCAGACACAAUGGUACAGGAACAAUUUGAAAAGGGUAGGGAACACAAAAAUAAGGCCUGUAAGUAAUGGUUAAAUUGUUGUGUACAGGAUAGAAGGAGGAGGUUGUGUUGGAGGAAAAAUGCAAAAGCUUCUGUGCUGAAGAAUGCUACAGCAAUGAAGAGGAGCAGUCCUUAUUGGUCAAAGGUGACAUGCAUCGUAAGAUUUAAAUUGAAACAAAGAAAGUUUGAAAAUCAAUAGUGGGGGGGAAGCCUCAGAAUGCAAAAAAAUACAUAUUGGAAAAUGGCCUUUGGGGAGGUUGUGGAAUGGCCAUCUGUACACAUCUUAUAAUCAAGUCUCUAAACUACCACACCUGUUUUCAGUAAAUUAGGAUAGUGCCAAGUUGCAAGAUUCAUUUAUCUUGAAUGAAACAAUAAAAUAAUAGUGUAAGAUCUAGUUAAAACAAAAAUAAUUUCCCCCCUCCAACGACUUAGAUAAAAAUUGUGACACUGAUCCAAAUUGUUCUGAAGAUAUCCAUGUGUAUUUCCUUUUUUCAUGAAGCAAUUUCUAAUAUGUUGAUUAAACUUUUAUAUGCAAUUGCUCAGGUACAAUACACUAUAUAUCAAGCUUAGUGAAGUUUCAGUGGGCUACCUAACUAGAAUAUGGAUAUUCAAGGUGGUGUACCAAAGUAUUAAAUCCUCAGAGAAAAAGAGUGGCACAUCUAGGAAUACUGACAUGGAAGAUCUGGUCUAAAAACAAGAACACAAGAGGAAGACUGGUCGAAAGUAGUUAAGGCACAAGUCUGAGAAGCAAAUUUGGGUUCUAUUCUCAGUUCUUUCAUUGACGUGCUGUGGAACCUUGGGCAAAUAAUUUAACUUCACUCUGUCUCAGUUUCCCUAGCUGUAAAACAGGUCAUAUUUCCCUACCUCACAGGGGUGUUGUGAGGCUUAAUUCAUCCUUUGUAAAGUGAUUUGAGACCAUUUGAUGGAAGGUGCUAUAGUGUGCAGAGUAUACAAAUGAAUUAGUCCAAUGCUAUUGGUUGUUUCAGUUAUAAUAAAAGAAGACAUCUGGAUUAGUUUUCAGUACAGUAGUUUAAUACUACUUUAGGGGAAGCUUAUAUCUAUGAAAUGUAAUAUACAUUCUAUUAUAUUUAAGUAUUAUGGGAUCAUGUAACUACAAACUUAUAAUCCAUACGUUCAAGGGGCAUAGUUAAGGUUGUGCAUUCAACCUUUAAUUGGCAUUUCCUGAUUUUGUGUAAUUAACUAUGCAACCCUAACAUUGUAUUAACAUAAGUUGUUUUGUUUUUGCAUGGAAUAUAUUUAAAAUCAGUUUUGUCAUUUUAUAAACCCCAUGAUGGAAAUAAACUUCUGUUCACAUUGUUGUUUAA